AUGAUUUCAGAUUCGAUCACAAACGCUUCUGCUACUGCAGCUCCUACCUCGAGGGAUUACGGGAAGAAGAAGAGGAACAAUAAGUCGGCGAAGAUGAAGCAGAACAAGCUCGGUCUCCGUCGUGAGCAAUGGCUUUCUCAAGUUGCGGUGACCAAUAAGGUAUGUAAGGAAGAGAGGAAUGGUAAUCGUAGUGAAAAGCCUGAUCUUAGAGAUAAUCCUGUGGAGAAUUUAGAUGGGGUGCGUAGAGAAGAGGAUAGUAACGUUCGUCAUGAGAGCUUUAUGCAGUCGCCUUCGAAUAGUUCAAUGGGAGAUGCAAAGCAGGAUAGUUGCUUGAGAGCGAGUAAUCGAGCUUGGAGGCCAGACGAUGACCUUCGCCCUCAGGGGUUACCUAAUCUGGGGAAGCAGCUUAGUUUUCCGGAGCUGGACAAGCGUUUUAGCUCUGUGGCGAUUCCGUCUUCGUGUCCCAUAUGCUACGAAGACUUGGACUUGACGGAUUCAAGUUUCCUUCCAUGUCCUUGCAGAUUCCGGCUCUGUCUUUUCUGUCACAAGACGAUUUGCGAGGGAGAUGGACGAUGUCCAGGGUGCAGGAAACCUUAUGACCGGGAUGCGAUCAAGGCUGAGACUAGUAUUCAAGGUGGUGGUUUAACAAUUCGGCUGGCUCGUUCGUCUAGCAUGUUUUGCAGGUUUUAA